UGUUCAGCAUCCAGCUCAGAGUCAUAGGAUUGGGUGCAUAUAUAUAUGGGUGUAUUUGGUGCCUAGCUCAAUAUGAGUUUUGCUUUGAUGAUGACUGACCUUAUAAUAUUGAGAUAAAUCCAUGAUCUUCUUCAAGCCUCCUGUUAAACAACAGUAAUGAUGCCCUUAAGAAACUACAGUCUCUCUAUGUCUUCCCUCAGAGCCUCAGCAAGGAACAUUAUGGAGAUGCUCUGGUUGUGUUACUCUUCUCCGACUCCUCAGAAUGCAGGUCAUCUGCUCUCUCUACUUGUUCUCUGUCUCUUAAUGGCUGCUGUAACUGCCUCACUACUUUUCCACUGGCUUAUAGACCUUUUGAAAUAUGACGUCCAGACAGCAUUGGUUGCAGUUGGUAUCUAUGCCACAGCUGUGUUUAUCCUGUCAUCUCUCAUCCAUCCGUUCCGAUGUGCCUUCACGCUAAUCUUCCCGACACUGUUUACCCGACAGGGCCGUAAACUGCUCUUGUCCACAUCUGUGAUGAUUGUAGUGCUGUACGUUCUACCCAACAUGGCUGCCAACAUUGCAACUCUAACACAUGUUGUGAAAUGUGCAUCAGAAAAACUCUCUCAAAGUCUACUAAGCAGCUCAGAGCUCAUCAACACCAUCAAGGACAAUAUAGUCAGAAACGCAGAGGAGCAAGUGGACAGCAGUUUAAUGCAAACACUACGUGAUUUUGAUCACACCACAAAUAUUAAUGUCUCAGAAGUGAAGGGACAGUUGCAUUUCUUAAGCCAGCGAGUGCAGGAGGAUUUCUCUCAAGUUAAAAGUCAAGUACAGGUUCUGAAGCUGCUAUUCAGCAGAAUCUUUGCUGCUGUUUUUGUUCUGUAUUUGUUUACAGAGUCUGUCAUGUACCUUCGCUCUUAUUUGACGUCUGUAAGAUUUGACAACACGUAUAUCACAGGAGGGCUUAGGAGGAAAGCAGUUGAAAAAGGGAUUGCGGUUGAAGCAAAGGAUGUGAAAAAUGGAGUAAACUCCACCAGUUUCAGAAUAACUAAAAGGGAACUUUUCAAAUGUCUGGGUCCUGCCAUGGUGAUCACUUUGUAUCUGUUGAUGACAAUCUUUUUGCUAGUGCUGGACCAUUUCUUGUAUUACUUGGUGAAAUCAGGUGGUCCUUGGAUUUCAAACAUGCCAUCCACCAACAUCAGCAUCAACGUCAACUUCAAGGUUGUAACAGAGAAUGGCAUCUGCCAGAUCUUUAGCUCAGACUGUCAGAAAGAAUUGUUCAACUUCAACAGAAAUUACGCAGCCCUCAUUCACUCUGAUCCAAACGUGUGUGAAGCCCAAUCCAGUAUGCUGAACCCAAGUGUAGUGACGGCGCUGGUGUCCCUCUAUCUGUUCAGCUACUCCUUGUUGCCGCUGGAGGUCUACGCUCGACGCCUUCGGAGGAAAGUAGCAGCUUCUUUCUUCCAGCAGCAGGAGGAGAGAAGGGUUGAAUUCCUUAUUAAGAAAAUUCAAACUAAACAAAAAGAAAGACAAAAUGUUUUCUUUAUAGAAACCAGACAUCAAGAUGAAUAUGUCUCUGGGAUGACAGAUCAGCAUAAAUAAUACACAUUGCAACUUCCGUUUUUUGUCGACUUUAUAUUAUUUUUGUUUUGUUUUUUUAAUUUAUAUUUAAUUAUUGUUUAUUUGUUCUGUGCUCUAAGUGGCAUAUGUGAUCUGACCUAUGACACUUUAAAAGGUUAAAAAGACCUCAGUGUUUAACAGUGAAAACAGCUUUCUGCUUUUACCUCAUGUUCACAAUCCAUUAAGGCACCAUGUUAGUGACAUACAGCACAGUGCUCAGUCUGGAGGGACUGGAUGAUAGAAAAAUGACAAUGGACAGGAAAUCAAAAGGUCUUACAAUGUUUAGGGGGACUGCAGUGUGCGUCAGUGUCAGUGGUUUAUCAUAUGGCUGUCUGGUAUAUUAAAUAACUUGUAGAUAAUAAGAGGUUGAACUAUGAUAGCUCUGUUCUUCUGAAAAUUCUUUUUUCAGUUACUUUCAUUUGACACAAAAGUAGAGAUUUUAAAAAAUAUCUGUUUUUUGUCCUUCUAAAGAAAGUCAGUGGGGUUUAAUGUUGUUUUGGACCCAACUGAAUUUUAUUGCACAAUAACGGUAGGAUUGAAAAAUGUUGUUUUUUCUCACAGGAGAAAGAAAGUCAUAGAGGCUUAGUAAGGAUAAGUAAAUGCUGAUAGGAUUGUUACUUUAAAGGGUUAGUUUACCCAAAAAUGAAAAUUCUGUCAUUAAUUACUCACCCUUGUGUCGCUUCCACACCCGUAAGACCUUCAUUCAUCUUCAGAACACAAAUUAAGAUAUUUUUCAUAAAAUCUGAUGGUUCUGUGAGGCCUGCAUAGCCAGCAAGACAAUUAACGCUUUCAAUGCCUGGAGAGCUACAACAGACAUAUUUAAAACAGUUCAUGUGAUUACAGUGGUUCAACCUUAAUGUUAUGAAGCAACGAGAAUACUUUUUGUGCGCCAACAAAAAAAAAAAAAAUAAUGACUUUAUUAAAAAUAUUUAGUGAUGGGUGAUUUUAAAACACUGCUUCAUGAAGCUUCGAAGCUUUACGAAUCUUUUGUUUCGAAUCAGUGGUUCGGAGCGUGUAUCAAACUGCUGUGAUUUCAGUAAACGAGGCUUCAUUAUGUCAUAAGUGUUUCGAAAUUUCAAUGGUUCAACCCUGGGGACAGUUUGAUACACGCUCCGAACCACUGAUUCAAAGCUUCAUGAAGUGCUGUUUUGAAAUCGUAAAAUUGUUAUUUUGUUUUUUGGCGUACAAAAAGUAUUCUCGUCACUUCAUAACAUUAAGGUUGAACCACUGUAAUCACAUGAACUGUUUUAAAUAUGUCUUCAGCAGCUUGGCUGGGCAUUGAAAAUGUUAAUUGUCUUACUGGUAACGCAGGUCUCACUGAGCCAUUGGAUUUUAUCAAAAACGUCUUAAUUUGUGUUCGGAAGAUGAACGAAGGUCUUACAGGUGUGGAACGACAUGAGGGUGAGUAAUUAAUGAUAGAAUUUUCAUUUUUGGGUGAACUAAAUCUUUAAGAGAGAGCAAUGACAAUGUGUGUCAAUGACGUCAUCUCAACUCAAAGCAACUCGUCACACUGACUUAAAUUCCUCUAAUGAAUGUAGUCAAAGUCUUAAAUAAACUCAGUAACAUAGAACACAUAUCAAGAUGUCAAAAGAAUGAUGAUUUAUGAAUCUAUUGAUUUUUCUUUUCAUUUUCUCUUUCAUUGUUUCUUUUGGAGCCUGAUAAAAUUGAACAAUCUGUA